AUGCAGCACAAGCCCACCUCUUCAGCACCGGGAACAGUAGGCCAGCCUGCGGAGCUCUUCCGGAGGCGGAUAAUCCUCAUCUCCAUGCAGUCCAAAUGCAAUAAGGAAUUGCUAUAACCCACGUCAAGGGAAACACGUUUGGAGUCAAACAAGUUACCACCUAGUAGACCACCAUUUGGAAACGCUUGCACGAGGAGAAAGAUGGAUAUUUGCGUUUCGCAUUAUUGUGUAAAUAACCAAAACUAACAGUGAUAAGCCGAUGCUCUGUAAUGUGACAGCUGCUGUCGCAUUUCAUCUAGUUUCGAGAAGCUACUGAAAGAACAUCCUGCUUGCAUUUUCUUUAAUUUUUUAUUUCAGCACCAUGGUGACAUACAAUCUGGUUUUAACUUUUAUUAUCGCGGCUCUUUGGCUGGUCAGUGGCGAACUACAAACCCAUUCUUCCCCCGCGACGCAGUUAAAUUCAACAUCAUCAUCAUCAACCAUCAUCAGCCAAGAUGAACUGACACCUAAUGUGACAGAUGCCGCCGUGGGAUCCCGGAUUUCAUCUAUAAUGACGUAUCUUCCAACUCUGAAAAACAUUGUUAUUUUCAUCUGCGUGUUAACAGCUGCUCUCAUCACAUGCCUAGUCAUCAAAGUGGUCAGAUCUGGUAGACGAAUCAGGAAAACAAGAAAAUAUGACAUUAUAACAACACCUGCGGAGCGUGUGGAGAUGGCCCCUCUUAAUGAGGAGAACGAUGAUGAGGAUGACUCAACCCUCUUUGAUGUCAAAUACAGGUGAAUCCCAGCAUGGACACCAAUAUUUGAUAUCUCCUGUUCUGCCUGGGACAUCUCAAGUGAUUUCUUAAAUCUUUACACUGUUCAAGUCUUCAGCAAUGCUGUUUGUGCGUGGCUUUUACCUGUGUUUAAAGGACUGGAGCCGUAUGGAUAUCAUUGUUUGUUGCUUUGCUUACGCUUCUAUCAUGUGGCACAAAUAACUUGCACAAUUGUUUCUGAUGUUGAAGAUCAGAUGGCUUUAUAUUGUGACUUCUUCUCAAAAGUCAUUCAGUAAUCAGCUUGUUAAAGACUUGGUGUUCAGUUGUCUUCGAAACAUCAUUACAUGGAAAUUACUCUCUUUUUUUCUUUUCUUUUUUACAUUUUCUGAGUUAGUAGGAGGAACCAAGGCCUGCUUUCAAAGCUAUGAUCUUCCCAUAUUAAAACGAAAGACAGUCAGUUAAUGCAUACAAUGUUAACAUGCAACAAAUAUUGUGCAGAAUUACUUUAUUGAAAUGUAAAAAAACAAAAUGCACACUGAAGAAUCUAUUGAUAUUUUUAACUAAACUUUCAUACCAAAUAUAUUUCUAUCUACUAACCACUUUAUUGUGCAUAUAUACUGUCGAAGGGAGUCUGUCCUUUAUCAAUGGAGUACGCGUAUAUUUUUUUACCGUGUGUUGUUGUAGACGUUCCUGUUUUGCUGCUAUCUCAGCUGAAGUUCUCCAUUUUUGAGAUUCAAAUUUGGUUAAAAUCUCAAGUAAUAUAGUCAGGUUAUAUUUGUAAGGUGUUCAUGAAAUACAUCUAUUUGCUAUCAAUGUGAAUACUGUAAUCUGUUUUGAUCGGGUGUGCUAAUAAAUUUACAAUGUCAUUGCAUCAAGUAACCACUGAAAAAUAUCAACAGGUUGGCAGUGAUGUUUUUUUCAGUAUUUAAUAUGUUGGACAUGCACCCAGUGUCUUAUUUUCUAAAUCAAAACAAUUAUGUCGCCAAAUGUCUAGUUGCUCUUUUUUUUUUUUUUUUUAAAUCCCCAAAAUCAGUUCUCUCUUGUUUGAAAUAGUAUGUGACCAGCUAGUAAAGUAUUAUGGAAUGUCUCCCACAUCAAUUUCCAUUAACGGCUCACUGACUCUGUCAGUAUGUCUGACUUGAACAGGACUGAUGUUUUCCCCCUGAAGAGUUGCUUCUCUGUGCAGUACAGAUUCUGGUAAAAACUAAAAAAAGAAUAUUGUCCUUAUCUUGGUGGAAAUGUUUUGACACGUGGGUUUAAAAUAGAGGUUUUACCUCAAACGAUUUGGCCCAUUAGAUAAGUAUUACAUUACUAAUAAAGACAAUGAAAAUCAUUACUGGUUUGUCAAAUUUGUUUGACCAAAUACCAAAUUACACAAUGAUCAACUGAAAGUCUCACAUGAAGUACACAGGAGAAAUUUCAGAGGCGUUUACAAACCUUGUGUGUCUGCACUCUGAAUGUAACUGCAGUAAAUUAUCAACAGUACAACUAAUAGGUUUCUGCAGCAAAUGUGAGUGGCUGAGGUGAUCUCCUGCUUUAAUCUAAACUGUUAUUUGAUAGUGCACCAUGGCCCGCAGCUGCAGCUGUUUCUGAAUGACACUGGCAAUGCUCAACUUGAACAAAAAUGUUCUUUCCAGGAGAAAGAGAACACUGUGUAGUUUCUGUUGUUCCAAACCAAGUUAUGGCCAUUUAUAGAAGACUACUACAUUUACUGUUAGAUACACAAGCCAUAUGGAGUGUAUGGGAAUGUUUUUCAAUCAUAUGUGAAUCCAACUUUUAACCAUAUUUGUGACAUGUGCUUUAGCAGACUGCUGGCUAUUUCCUCUGUUUUCCAUCAGACUAUGUGACCACUGUUCAUUUCAGUAUUGAGUCAUGUUUCAUUUUAGUCUUUCACUGAAUGUACAGAAAGCUGCAGCUCCCUCAGUCAUACCCAGGCAAGUAUGUCCCCCCUUGUACAGUUAUCCUCUUCCAUCUUGGCAACAUAUUUUAUUUUAUCUUUAGUUGUGUGUGAAAUGGUGGAAAAACCCUGCUCAUUUAAAGAUGCUAAUUCUGGACUUUUACUAGAACGGAAUCAUGUGCUACAGACAGUUCCUGUUGUAAAAUGAAUCAAAGUCAUUGCAUUGUGGUAGCUAUUUGAAGACUGUAGCUAAUUUCCCCAAUCCCACAUUUAAAA